AUGCUGAGAGACUGGCGCGGUUGCCUGCUCAGUCUCUGGCUUUGGCUGGAUGCUCCAUGCUUGCAUGGAAAGCUUUCCAGGGAAACACUGGAAAUGGGCCUUACCACCGUGAAGUUCAAGCAGGACAUCAUUGACCUCUUCACCUCGAAGAAGUAUGCAACCAGAGCUGCAUUGGACAUCGGUGCUGGGAGGGGCUCAACAACUGCUGCGUUGGCUGUCAACUUUGCAGUUGUUGUGGCCAUCGAGAAGUAUUGGGACCUGGCAGAUGAAUUUGGAUGCUGUCACUUGGAGUCGAACAAGCUGCUCAGAAAGGACGGAAGUGAAAUCACCAACAUUGUGCGGCUUCACAUGGACACUCUGCUGCCGUUUGCCUUCGCAAACCUGGUUGAUCAGAAUUUUUCAGCAGUUGUCAUCGAUGCCCAGCACGAUUUCGAAAGCAUAGCACGUGAGACUUUCCAUGUCUUGCGCGACAUCCCGUGCUGUGUGGAAACCAUCGUGUAUCACGAUUAUUGUUUCGAAGACGUGUUCCAGACAAUUCUGUGGUUCGAGCUCUCUGGGCUGCUCACUUUUCAGAAGUUCAUGGGCGAGCCCUCGAACUCCCCCUUCUGCAAAAGCGUCGGCGAGAAUCUCGAGAGAGCUGAAGGUGUGGCCAUGAAGGUGAAUCGAAGGCCUCUGAAGGAGUUCCACGAAAAGGUGGAGGAAGCAUUUCGAGGCACCUUCGCACUCGGCGGGUCGCUGGAGAAGAGGCUAAAUGGAACCCAGUGGCUCCUCCUUUCGCCGCACUCCUCGAUGGGCAUUCUGACCCUUCAUUCCUGGCCACGGCUUUCGCAUCUUAGCUUCCUCCGGAGGCCUCAGCUGGCUUUCAAGCGCUUUCCUGCGACUCCGGAUCGCCCUGGGGGCACGAAGCUCUUCUUUCUGACCUACCCAGAGUGGGAUAUUUCUCACCGGCCCUCUUUGGUCCUCUACUCCCUGCAAUUUGGCCGGCCGUGGGCCCUUCUAGGC